UAUGAGUGUAUAGUAUCUGAAACGUGCUUUGCUUAUAAUGGAACGGAAUAUUAGCUUGUGCUGUUGACCCCAUUUUACUUUUCUGUCACAUUUAGCAAAUUCUAUAAUUCGAACCUUCUUACAUGUGCAUAGAGCUUAAUUUUAAAUAUAGCUUGUUUUGGCAUACCAUUUGCAAUUGAUUCAUGUUGCUUCGAUGUGUUAUUUUCAUUGUGAAUAAAUAAAUAUGGCACCGAAGCAAAAGUUUGCUGAAGGUGAGAAAGUAUUGUGUUUUCACGGUCCUCUGAUUUACGAGGCAAAAUGUCUGAAAAGCAGCGUUACUAAGGACAAACACGUUCGUUAUCUCAUACAUUAUGCAGGAUGGAAUAAAAAUUGGGACGAGUGGGUUCCGGAAAGUCGUGUCUUAAAAUAUAACGAGGCAAAUGUACAGCGGCAGAAGGAGGUGCAGCGAGCACAUUCAGCCCAGCCUGCGAAGACCAAGAAAACCCCAGCAAAAGGCCGGAAAUCUGAGACAGCUGCCACUGCCACACCUGGGAAAGAGGAGGCAGCCACACCAGCUGCGAGCAAGGGCCGCAAGUCCGAGGCGGCUCGCGACGAGUCCCGCGCCUCCACCCCCGCUGGCAAAGAUGCAGAGACUUCAGCAGCAGGCAAGGCCAGCAAGACCUCCAGCAAAGACACGCCUGCCGACUCCGGGUCUGACCAGCCCAAGAAAAAACGCGGCCGUUUGGAUCUAUCAAUCGAAUCCGAAGAGCAAUACCUAGCUAAAGUAGAAGUGAAGAUAAAAAUCCCCGAAGAACUGAAAGUCUGGCUCGUGGAUGACUGGGAUGUCAUCACAAGGCAGCAGAAACUGGCCAUCCUCCCGGCCAAGCUCACGGUUGAACAAAUAGUUGACAACUACCUAGCGUUCAAGAAAUCCAGCAAAACACAUAACCAAGCGAAGGAAUCGGUCUUAGUAGAUAUUACUGAAGGUAUCAAAGAGUACUUCAAUGCUACAUUAGGAUCUCAACUCUUAUAUAAGUUCGAAAGACCUCAAUAUAGUGAGAUAUUGCAGGAAUACCCCGAUACUCCUAUGGCACAAAUUUAUGGUUCCAUACAUUUGCUCCGGCUUUUCUCCAAAAUGGGUCCAAUGUUGGCUUAUACAGCGCUGGAUGAAAAGUCCCUACAACAUGUGUUAACACAUAUACAGGACUUUUUGAAGUAUAUGGUGACGAAUAGAUCUACUUUGUUCAAUCUACAAGACUAUGGGAAUGCUACGCCUGAGUACCACAGGAAGGUACAAUAGUACUUUGUAAACCGCCUGGUUGUUUGUGAUGAACAAAAUGCUUAACCAAGACGAGUGAGUAAUAAGGACUGUUGAUAUUAAGUUGCGUUCCUUUGAAUUCGAUAAAAAAGUAUUUUUCUAUCACUAGACAAGUCUGUAAUCUUGAGUUUUGCAUGCCAUACAUUGUAACGCCAUCUAGUUAAUCUUCACAACUUCUUACCCUGUGGUACAAAAUGAGUGCCCUAGAUGGCGCCACAAUGUACUUCGAUCGAAAUGAAAAGUUAAAAUAUCGCUUAUAUACGGAGUUCAAAGAAAGGCAACUUUUGAUAUUAGUCUGUUAUUUACAUCUGUUAGAAUAUUGUUCGAAAAACAUAAUUAUAUUUUAAAAUUGCUAAAAUGAAUUAGAUCAAACUGAUAGUUUUUUACCGAAAUAGACAGCGAAAAGCAAUGUUAUGAAAUGUUUGUGUAGUUCUCAUUAAAAAGGUACCUUUAUUGUUGGCUCUCAAUAACGAAACUGAUUUAUUUAUGAAUUAGCUUGAAAAUCGACUAGUGCUUUUUAGAAGAGUACGUCACAUUUGAGGUUUUUCUUUGGUUAAAUACAGGUCUUUUACUUUUAUUUUGCUAUGGGACCCUAAAUCGAGUAAAACCGGGCUGGUGAGGUAGUUUAGUUUAAGAUUGACUGAAUGUUUGAAGUAAAAGUAUUCAAUACUGUUAAUAUUGUUAAAAAUAUUCCUGUAAUAUGCAAGUUACGACAUAUUAUAAAUAGUAUAACAAAUACACGGUACACUUGAGGUCAAAAAUAGUAAUCUGGAAAUUUUAGUGUCAAGUGCAAAAUUAGUUUAUGAUAUUGACUGUACCUUAGCUAAGUAUAUAGUGUUGUGUAUGUGUAAGUACUGUAAGUUUAAAAGGUCUAAAAACAAUAUUUUGUGAGAUGUAGUUUAGAUCGAUUUGCAAGAGCUGGCACGAAUCUGAAGAGUGAAUGGAAAUAUAAUAACAUUAAUCAAUAAAAUGUGGCGUUUUCAAUGGUGGUAUUGUCUGAUACAACUGUCAUGUCACUCAUACAAUAAAAACCGGCCAAGAGCGUGUCGGGCCACGCUCAGUGUAGGGUUCCGUAGUUUUCCGUAUUUUUCUCAAAAACUACUGAACCUAUCAAGUUCA